AUGUCAACAACAUCAACUACUACUACUACCACUGCUACUGCAACGAGACAACAAUUCCUUACUGUAGGUACUGGAAAAGGUCAAGGGAUGACUACAAAAGGAAGAUCAACGAAAGGAACUACCCAUGACCAUAGAAGUAAAAAAUCAAAGAAAGGGUUAUCAAAAGGAGGACCUUCAAAAGGUUCCGGAUCAUUAUCAAAUCAAGACAUUUUAGAAGAUUUAAAUCGAACUCCAGUUGGGUUGUAUACAUUUAUUUUUUCAAUCAUUUUACCUUGUGCUACUAUUAUUGGAUGCUUGAAAUUAAAAAGUCAAGAUAGAAGAGAAAAAUUAUGGGCUAUUGCUAAUUUGAUUCUCGGAAUUGGUUUUGUUUUCAUUGCUGUCGUAGUGGUCGUUCUUUAUCUUAUUUUUGAACUUAAGUAA